GCCUCUUGCAGUGUCACGCUGCCGGGGGUGGUGGGAGAGAAGCAGAGAAGCAGAGAAGCUGGAGAGCAAUGUUUCAUGGUUCUUCUCCCUUCUCCCCUCCCCCGAUGUAGCCGCUCAGGCCAUCUCAUCGCCGGCAGGCAGCAUAAAGAAUAAAACUGCAGGCUCGCCUGAGGGGCAAUCCUUGUGUCUGGACCUUACAAGCACUGACUGUCGCAGAGAGCGGUGCUGUGGCGUGGGUCGCUGUUCGCUGUUCGCUGUAGAUAGAGCAGUGAGUGUGUGAAAUCUACCGGAGCGGGUCGUAUAGAGUGGCAUGUGGAGAAGGAAAAAGGCUACACUCGGGGUGCUGCUGCCAGCUUGCGUUUCUGCCCAGAUGCAGUCAUGGGACAUCUUGAGUGAAAAACAGCUGAUUUGAUCGACUGCAGAAUUGCGACGUGAAGAUUGAGUGUGAUAAUCAAGUGACAGAAGAGGCUGGGCUCUGUUACGGUCCCAACAAGGCAGCAAUGCCACUACUGGAAGAAGCCACGCUCCUGGGAGAUGUCUCAUUAAAUGUCCCCGUCGUCGUUAUCGGAAAUGGUCCCUCUGGAAUAUGUCUUUCCUACCUGCUGUCUGGAUACAGACCGUUCAUGGCAUCUGGAGCUGUACAUCCAAACACAAUCCUUCACAACAAAUUGGAAGAAGGAAUUCAUUUUUCGGUUGUAGAUCAGGAUUUGGAGUACCUUUCGGAAGGGCUUGAAGGCAGGUCUUCGAACCCAGUGGCACUGCUCUUUGAUACCCUCCUUCAUCCUGAAGCAGACUUUAGGUUCGAUUAUCCUUCAGUCCUACAGUGGAAACUAGAGAAACACAACGGCAUUCCUCACGUAGUGCUGGGGAAAGGACUGCCUGGUGGUGCAUGGCAUAUGAUGGAAGGGUCCAUGCUAACAAUUAGCCUGAACAAUUGGAUGGAGUUACCGGGCUUGAAGCUAAAAGACUGGACCAAUGGUAAAUGGAGGAACCUGAUGAACGAUAGAGCAACAACAGAAGAAGUGGCUUCAUAUUAUAAAGACUAUGUUAAGAUUAUGGGUCUCCAGAAAAACUUUAUUGACAAUACCUGUGUCACUUCUGUCUCAAAGAUUCAGCAAGAUCAGAAGUGUGCAAAGGGCAAAAUGCCGAAGAGCGCCAAAAUAGAUUCCACCACACCGCAGCUGUUUACGCCUGACAAUGGAUUGCCUCCCAGCCUUUGGGAAGUCCGAGGGUAUCAGAGAAUUGGAGAUGGAUCACAUGUGCCUUUUUGCCUUUAUGCUGAAAAUGUUGUCUUGGCCACCGGCACAUACGACUUACCAGCUAGACUCGGGGUGGAGGGUGAAGACCUGCCCUUUGUCUUUCACAACGUCUCGGCCUUCGAGUUGGCCGUCCAAAGCUGCAAGGUGGGUCAGGCGUCGGAUCCCGUUCUCGUCGUGGGGGCCGGGCUGACUGCGGCCGACGCGGUGUUGUGCGCGCACCGCCACAGUGUCCCCGUCGUUCACGCCUUCCGGAAAAGCGUCACCGACCCAGCCCUGAUCUUCAAGCAGCUCCCAAAGAAGCUUUAUCCUGAGUAUCACAAGGUCUAUCACAAGAUGUGCAAGCAGGGCUACAUCAACACCUCCCACUCUAACUACACGAGCUUUCCCGAGACACGCAUCGUCUCGUUCCUACCAGAUAUGAAAUGCACUCUUCAACCAACUUCAGGAAGGAACAUCGUUCUAAGUAUCUCAAUGGCCCUGGUGCUGAUAGGUACCUACCCUAAUUUGUCCUUUCUUAAAGAGCAUGGGAAGCACCUGGGAUUAGAUCCAAGUAAACCCAUUUCCUGUAAGCAAAAUCCCAUUGACAUUAAUCCCUACACAUUUGAGUGUACCAAAGAGGAUAAUGUUUUUGCUAUGGGUCCGCUAAUCGGGGAUAACUUUGUCCGCUUCCUCAAAGGCGGCGCUCUGGGGAUCACGAGCUGUUUAGUGAAACGUCUGAAGGAAAAGGGACAAUUAAUUUCUGAAACUGGAAGUGAUGACGGGUAGCAACAGUCAUAAACGGUUAAUUUAGAACUAUUCUACUUUCGACCAAAAGUCGCCAAACAACUGUCUUGAAGAAACGGAUUCUGGAUGGAAACGAAUCAGUCAGUGCCCUGUUCACCUUCGGAUGCCGGAAGUGUGGGAAAUAGUUUAGUUAAUUGUUAGUGUGCUCAGCAGUAACAUGCACAUUUUUGUACUUUGUGAAAUGCUCAGUUCUUUCCGCAAGAAGGGCCGACAAGCUUAGCAAGCAAUGGGUAAGCAGUUCUGGGAAAAGUCCAUCUUUAAAAUUGGAUAUCGGAAUAUAAUCGGACUCAAAUGGUCACAACAUCUAAUGUGAGAAUCACUCAGUGCUUUGACCUUCUGCCCAUCUGUUUUCAUCCUCCACACAGUUUCACAGUCCAUUAGUUUCAGUGAGCCAGAUAUUUCUUUGCAUAUUUGGUCCCACGGGUAUCAAAAAGGUAGAUUGUUCCAUAAGUAUCCUUUCCACCACAAUUAUGCUGGUUAGGACAAUUUUAUAAGACUACUAGUAGAGUUGCUUUUGGACAUUCGUAGAGCAUUUAUAUACAUCUCCAACUAACAAACAUCUCAAAGCGUUUUGAUAGUACACAGAGUUUAUUUACCUGGUGAGAAAUUAUAUUGAGAGCUCCAGAGACUUUUAUCUUGAAAUAUUAUAACGGAGCUGGGAGCGGUGUGAGAAUCGGAGCCAGAUUUCCGUGCUUGGGAGAUGACCAGUAUCCGUGUGAAUGCAUUCAUGUUCACAGAGGUAAUUUUCCCAACAUUGCAUUGAAAUGAAGAAGGGAUAUAGACUGCGCUGGCCUGCUCUGGGCUGGUUUGUGGGAAGACUUUCCCUAAUUGGGCACAAGAUCACAAAUAUUUAUGGGAAGGACAAUGUCAGGCUGCUGGGGCUGGGAGCUUGGUCUAAAACUGGUGCCUUAAGUUGUGGCGGAUGACCUGCCAGGUUUUAUUCCUAUCUUUUGACAGUGGGCUUGAUACAGCUGACUUGCUGGGACGUUUCAGUACACAAUUGGAGAAACGAGCAAGGAAGAUCAGGCAAAGAAUGCACUUCGGAGACAUGAAGAGGUGCAGAUGCUGGAAUCUUGAGCAAAACACAAAAUGCUUGAGCAACUCAGCAGGUCAGGCAGCAUCCGUGGAGGGAACGGGAUAGGCAACAUUUUGGGCCGGGACCCUUCUUCAGGAAUGCAGAUUUCCAUUCUGAGAAGUUACUUGUACACUCUCGGGAAAAUCCAGAAACUGUAUUAUCACCAUAACUGAUAAAGCACUUGAUAGCCCCAAAUUAAAAAAAAUAAAAAUAACAUUUUAAUCACACUGGUAAACAACAAUAUCCCUCGCCACCCUUCUCACCUUCCCAAAAUGUGUUUGCCUAGUUAUCAUCCUGCAACAAUUCUGUUCUAGUUAUCAUCCUGUAAAAUUGAGCCCGAAAUAAAAACAGAAAAUGGUGGAACUAAUGAGCAAGUCCGGCAAUAACUGUGUUGACGAAAAUGGAGGCAAUGUCUCGUUGUUGACUUUUCAUCAGAACCAAGAGAAAUCAAACAUAUUUCAUGUUAAAUGGAAGGGAAGCAGUGCAGAUAAGGGUGAAGACCAAGACAGACCGAAUGACAAUUGGCAUUGGUGUCAACUAAGAUGGGAUGGUGAAAGCUUGGUGAUUGCAGGCUCUUUGAUAGCUGGAGGUGCAAAGAGAAGGAGAUGAAUGUAAACAGGAAAAAUACUUUAAUGGGAAUUUCUGGUUCUGUAAGAUACAAGCAGAUGCUGGAAAUCUGAAAAAAAAAUAAAAAACUGGAAAUACUCAUUAUGUCAGGCAUCAUCAAUGGAGAAAACAAACAGGAUUAUCCUUUUGGGUCGAUGAAAAUGGAAAGGUUGAUUUCAGCCGUUUCAGAUAAGCAAUGCUGAGUCCUGCAGAGUGGUACAGUAUGUGCCAGGUGAGAACAUGCCUGGGUUCAUCGACUUCACUUAUACCUCACGCUGCCUCAGCAAGGCCAGCAGCAUAAUAAAUGACGAGUCGCACCUUGGCCACUCCCUCUUCUCGCCUCUCCCAUCAGCCAAAAGGUAUAGUUGUGUGAGAACGCACAUCUCCAAAUUCAGGAACAGUUUCUUCCCAGCUGUUAUCAGGCAACUGAAUCAUCCUACAAUAACCAGAGAGCAGUGCUGAACUACUAU